AUGCCUUUACCUGUCGGCUUGGGUGGUGAGGACAUGGGCGUUCUCAUGGCCGAAGUGAACAAGUCCCCUCUGAAGGACGACCAGCUGGACGAGAGCGAACAGCACAUCGUCAGACUGCAGGACACUCUGAGGCACGAGAGAGACAAGUGCGCCCGUCUCCAGUCGCGCUGCAGCCAGCAGGCGGGCGAGCUGAGGCGGAGGGAGCAGCAGAACGGCCGGCUGAAGGAGCGGCUGGCGCAGAUGACCGACAGGCGCUGGGACAGGAAGGCCUCGAUGGACAUGCUGAACGUCCUACCCACAGCACUUGGGAAGGGUACCUCCUCCAGGACAGUGAGACCACACAGCAGGUAUGAGAAUGCAAGGAGAGAGGAGGAGGCGCUGAGGGUGAUGCUGGAGAAGCGGGAGGCCGAGCUGAGGGAGGCGACGCAGCUAAGGCAGCGUCUCGGCAGUCUGCUGUGCUCACUGAGGGCCGACAUGGAGCGGGUGAGGAGGCUCGUGGGGGGGGGGGGGGGGGGGCAGAACUCGGAGCGGCAAGACCUCAAGAGGCUCAUCCAAUCAGAGGCGGCUCUGGGUGAUCAUGUGACUGGGGGAGUGGUACAAGGGUGGACCAAGGUGCAAAAAAGACUAGGAGAGUUCCUCUCUGCAGGCCUCUCCUCUGUCACCGUGGGAACAGACCAGGAGAAACUGCUGAUUCAGCUGGAAUCAGAACUGGAACAAAGCAAACAGCUGGUCAGGCUGCAGCAGCAGCUCCUGCAGGACAAUGUGGUUACCCCUCUUCCAGCCCCUUUGAUUGACUCCUACCACUUGGAAGAGUGGGAGAGGCUUCAGGCCAAGUGGGCGGAGUUUGAAAGUCAGAGGCGGAGCUUCCAGAGGGAAAGGCAGGCCUUCACGGAUGCCGCCAUCAGACUGGGCCACGAGCGGCGGCAGUUUGAGCAGCAGAAGGCCUCCCUGCUGAGGCAGCAGCUCCUCUGUCACUCGCCCCUCAAGCCUCCCUCACGCAGCAGGAGAGAGAGUGGCUCCUUAAGUUCGGAUCACAUGACCUACUCGAGUUGUCAUCCGGCCUCUCCCUCCUCCAUGGAGUCGGGCAUUGCACCCUGGGCUGAACAAAGUGGUGCUCAGACCCCCAGCACCCCCGAACUCUACUCCGCUCUGAGGCUACCCUUCUUCCGCAGGGCCUCCCCAGCUCUGACACUGAAGGACACCUGA